AGAUGAAAUACAAAAAAUUAAAACAAAACAUAAACCCUUUGUAAAACCCUAAUAACAAGUGACCUCAGAUUGGAACACUGCAUUAUUCGUUUUCUCUUCCUUGUGUUGCCUCGUUAUUCCAAAUGGCGAAGCGAUUGAUUCCACUAUUCAAUCGUGUUUUGGUUGAGAAAAUCGUCCCCCCAUCAAAAACCAACGCUGGCAUUUUGUUACCCGAGCAAUCCUCAAAGCUGAAUUCUGGGAAAGUUGUUGCUGUUGGCCCUGGCUUUCAUGGUAAGGAUGGGAAAAUCGUUCCUGUGGCUGUGAAGGAAGGUGACACCGUUCUUUUGCCUGAAUACGGGGGAACUGAGGUCAAGCUCAAUGAAAAAGAGUACUAUCUGUACAGAGAUGACGAUAUAUUGGGGACCUUGAAUGAUUGAGCCCCUGCUGUAGCAAUUCUGCUACAUUUGAGCAGUUUCAUUAUGUUCUAGUUUCUAUGUAUUAUGUCUAUUCAAUCUACAUUUUGUUACUAGACAAAGCUCCUUUUUAAAUUUGGGCCAAAAACAAGAAUGAUAUUUUUAUGCAACUUUUGGGGAAAUUGUUUUAUAUCCUUGUUUUGUGGCACAGUUAAAAGCAUUCCGUUGGCUUAAUUAUUUUGGAUUUUGAA